CAGCUCAGCCUAGCGUGCAGCAGUGCGCCCCGGGCGCGCCGUCUCGGUCUCCGGCUCAGGUCUCUAGCUUGCUUCCGGACCCGCCAUGGUUCUCUCAUGUGCGCGGGCCCGCAGCUGGGUGGCCGUAGCCAAAGGGGCCCAAAGGCACCACCUAGCGGACAAUGUGGGAGGAUCCCUUCGUUCCGAACCCGCGACCCGGCGGGCGGCUCUUUACGUGCACUGGCCGUACUGCGAGAAGCGAUGCAGCUACUGCAACUUCAACAAGUACAUCGCCCGCAGUGGCCUGGAGGAGGCCGCCUUGCGGAGCUGCCUGGUGACCGAGACCCAGACUCUGCUUCAGCUCAGCGGGGUGCGAAGGGUAGAGUCAGUGUUCUUUGGCGGGGGCACCCCCAGUCUGGCCAGCCCCCACACAGUGGCCGCUGUCCUGGAGGCCGUAGCACAGGCAGCUUAUCUGCCUGCAGAUUCCGAAGUCACACUGGAGGCGAAUCCCACUUCAGCCCCAGGCCCUAGGCUGGCAGCGUUUGGAGCAGCAGGGGUCAACAGAUUGUCCAUCGGUCUGCAGUCCCUGGAUGACACUGAGCUUCAACUGCUGGGGCGGACACACUCAGCCAGUGAUGCCCUACAGACAUUGGCAGAGGCCCGGCGCCUCUUCCCUGGCCGUGUAUCUGUGGAUCUGAUGCUGGGGCUGCCAGCCCAGAAGGUGGGGCCGUGGCUGGGGCAGCUGGAGGAACUGCUGUGCCACUGUGAUGAUCAUCUCUCCCUCUACCAGCUGUCCCUGGAGCGAGGUACCUCACUCUUCACCCAGGUACAGCAGGGCACCCUUCCCGCCCCUGACCCAGAACUGGCCGCUGAAAUGUACCAGGAAGGUCGCGCCAUUCUGAGAGAGGCUGGCUUCCGUCAGUAUGAGGUCUCCAACUUUGCCCGGAACGGGGCGCUCAGUACCCACAAUUGGACUUACUGGCAGUGUGGUCAGUACCUUGGCAUUGGGCCCGGGGCCCAUGGACGAUUUGUGCCCCAGGGGGCUGAAGGCCUCCCCCGGGAGGCUCGGAUCCAGACGCUGGAGCCUGACAACUGGAUGAAGGAGGUGAAGCUGUUCGGACAUGGAACCCGGAAACGUGUCCCUCUGGGCAAGCUGGAGCUGCUGGAGGAGUGCGUGGCCCUGGGGCUGCGCACUGACGUGGGGAUCACUCACCAGCACUGGCAGCAGUUUGAGCCCCAGCUGACACUGUGGGACGUGUUUGGAGCAAGCACAGAGGUGAAGGAGCUGCUAGAGCAGGGCCUGUUGUUGCUGGAUCACAGGGGUCUCCGGUGUUCCUGGGAGGGUCUGGCUGUGUUGGACUCUUUGUUGCUGACCCUUCUGCCUCGACUCCAAGAGGCCUGGCAGCAGAGGACCCCUGUGCCAGGAGAUUGGUCAGCUGUUCCUGUGUCCCAGGACAAUGCCAGACAGACUUAGAGGGCUAGACCUGCACUGUGGACAUCUCUGUUAGCGGUGCCAUCUCUUCUUCAAGUGACCAGUGCCUGGCUCUCACAUUCCCAAGGGGAAUGGUUCAGAUGAGGGUGGGGAAGAACAUUUCGGUCUGGAAACUGGUGUUCCACUCAGCAGCUCGAGACCCACAGCACCAGCACGUGGCUAUCAUCUGCGCCAGCUUUUGAUGGCCAUUUUGAUACCCAAACAAUGACCUAUGUUUGGAAGUCUUUCAACAGAGAAUUGCCUAAGAGAAGGCUUCCUCACUCUGGAGUGAGAGGCAGCUGCGUGAGUCAGAAACACUGAAUCCGCUCCAGGUAUUUGAAGCAGGAAGAAAUUUAAUAUAGGAAGAAGAUAUUUACAAAACCAUUGGGUUUUUAGAGUUAAGGGUGCUUGUUUUAUAGAAGGACUCAUAUUCUGGAUGUAUCUGAUUGUUUCCCAGGGAUUGGAUUCAAGGUGAAUAUUUUUAGUAAGAAUAUUAUGUGGAAGCUGGGCAGCAGUAGCUCACACUUGUAAUACUAGCUACUUAGGCAACUGAGAUCAAGGUUUGAUACCAGUCCAGACAGAGAAGUCCAUGAGACACUAACCCCAAAAUAACUAGUACAAAGCUAAGCUGGAGGUGUGGCUCAAAUGUAGAUUGCCAGCCAAGCAAGCUCAAGGCCCUGAGUACAAACUCCAGCACAAAACAGAAUACUAUGUAAAGCUGAGUGCCGGUGGCUCAUGCCUGUAAUCCUAGC